AUGUGGCUGGUGUCCGCGGCCGCGGUCGCGGAGGCGGUGUCGCCGCCACUCGCGCACCCACUCGGCGGCCUCGACGACGACCAGCUGGAGGGGCACCAGCAGCAGGGGCGGCACCUGGACGUGCAGAGCAUCCUGGACCCGACAGGGAUGGUGAGCCACUUCGGCGAGACCCUGGGCCAGGCCGGUCGAGUGUUGGGCCUGCGCAUCGCGGACUCCGUGGCCGACCUGGUGAGCAGCGCGUUCGGCCACGCCCCCACCAGGACGUCGACGCCGUACGGCCCCGUGCGACCCGCCUGGACCCGCGGUGACCCGGGGGUGGUGCCCGCGGGCAGUGCGGCCGGCCCCUACUACCAGCCACAGCUUCGACAGCCGCCGCCGUCGCCGUCCGUGCUGGGGGGCAUCUUGAGGCUGCUGGGCUUGGACUCGAGCAAGCUCGGCGCCAUCGCCCUCAACGGCGUCAUCUUCCUCGCCCAGCUGAUUAGCAGCUCCAUCGUCGGCCGCCCCGCCGCGGGGCCGCACGCUCGCAGUGGAGGCGGCACCAAAGACGAAGGCAACGCCCAAGCGGACGACGACGCCGAGGACCGCGAUGACGACCCCGAUGACGACCAGGAACCGGCAGGCACGCCGCUGUCCUGGAUGCUGGACAACCCGGCCAUAAAGCAGGCCGAGGCCCCGGACACCUCCUGCAUCCAGCUCCUGGUCUGCAAGGCGGGGCCCUUCCUCGACGGCAUGCAGAGGUCCCUGCGGCCCGCGCUGCGUCCGCGCUGGCGGCGCAUGACGCCGGUGCAGAGGAUGUUCGCGCACAUGCCCAGUGCGGAGGAGGUGCUGGACCGAGCCGAUACCUGCGCGCAGCGGUUCCCCAAAUGCAAGGUCUCCUAUUGA